AUCGAGUCCAAGCUUCUCCACGCCUCCGUCACCGCCAGUGUGGUGCUCGGGGAGCACAUUCGCAGAGUGGAGCAAAUGCGCCUCCGGAAGGCGCAAGAUGACGAGGCCCUCCGCAAGCUUGUUGUGAAGAACACGGAAGCCAUCAGGAAGAUGGCCGAGCUUGAGGAAUCCCUUCGGAAGGCGACCGAGGGGAUGGAACAGAAGUUAAAGGCCGCUGAGGCCAAGGGCAGAGCCGCCGCUGAGGCGUCCGCCGCCGAGGCCGCCAAGACCGCCGCCAUUAAGGCUGAGGAGGCACAGAGGGAGGCGGUACUCCAAGCCCGGGAGGAGGCGAUUUCUGCCUUUGUUGCUGAUGGUUGGAAAGUCGAGGACCGGAGGCCGUGGGUAGACUCCGUUGUUGAGGCUUCGGUUGAUGCCUGGGUGGGAGGCCCCGGUGCGAUGUGGCUGGCCCGAAAGGGAAAAGAAUACUACGAUGGUGGUGAGUUCUUUACCCAAUGGCUCGUCUACCGGAGGCUUGCCAGGCAUUCCGGGGUGGACCCCAAGGACUUCAAC